AUGAUCGCUACCAAUGAGAACGAGGGAAAACAAGGCAUGUGCAUUUACACCAACCCGAGGGGUCAAGGGUCACGCUCUUCCGCAGUUUGCGGCCUCUUGGGCGGGGAGACGGGUACAAAGACCACGGAUGCUGACAAUAUCAAGACGAGAACAGCCAUGUCACUCAAAUCAGCUGGAUCACUUACAAAGGGGAUUUUGGGACGAUUACCAAAGGUAGCAGCCACAGAUGGAACCAUACAGCAAAAGCGUAACAAUUAUAUAUACGUUGGAAUGCAACAAGAGACCGAUGGGACUUUCCGCAGUGACCUCAAUUUGGGAUUCCACACGCUUUUUCUCACAGAACUGUUUCGAGGGUUUGGAGUGAUGCUUGGACACGUUUUCAUGGAACCUGCCACCAUCAACUACCCUUUCGAAAAGGGACCUAUCAGCUCUCGGUUCAGGGGUGAACAUGCCCUUCGCCGUUAUCCAUCCGGUGAGGAACGGUGUAUCGCUUGCAAAUUGUGCGAGGCUAUUUGUCCUGCACAGGCGAUUACGAUCGAGGCCGAAGCCCGCCCAGACGGUAGCAGACGAACUACUCGCUAUGAUAUUGACAUGACAAAAUGCAUAUAUUGUGGACUGUGCCAAGAAGCAUGUCCAGUCGACGCGAUAGUCGAAGGACCAAAUUUCGAAUAUUCAACAGAGACGCAUGGCGAGUUAUUGUAUAACAAAGAAAAGCUACUGUACAAUGGAGACCGAUGGGAACCAGAACUUGCUGCUAACAUUCAGGCAGAAUUCUUGUACCGUUAA